CCAAAGUUUAAACAGAAGGUCGUACCAAAUCUGUAUCAAAUCAUAUAUUAACAUGGAAUUAUUCCAGAAGAACUUAGUUAGACUACUGAUUUUCGUGCUUUUACUAAUAUUUCCGACAAAGAGCGCUAAGAAUGUCAUCGCCAAUUACGAAAGUGAUUACCUAGUGUCCUAUGUGAACGAUAUGAAAUCCGGCAUGAACUUGAGUGUGGAUCCUUGUGACGACUUCUACGAGUACUCCUGUGGAAAUUAUCGCUGGAGCGCCCGCCUGUUAUGGAGAAUGUUGGGAUCUUGGCAAGGUGACUACAGCACAAUAUACCUGGAGGACAGGAUGGAACAUUUGUUGGGCAAGAUGGAUUUGGCGGAGUCCCUCAAUGUGUCCAAGGAACUAAAGCUGGCCCAAAGGUUCUACAACGCCUGUUUGGCAGCCGAUCUCUAUCCAUUUCCUGCUGCUGAUCCGCACUAUCUUACCCUCAUUCGGUCGAUCGGAGGUUUUCCUGCGGUGGAUGGAGCCAAUUGGAAUGCCUCCAACUUUAGUUGGUUCAACAUGAGCGCCCACUUGAUCAACUACGGGGCUGAGGGCCUGAUAGACGAAUAUUUCGAAUGGAAAUUUCCCUUUCAGCCCAAGAUUCGUGCCGCACGGAUGGGUUUUGAAAAAUACGUCAACUCUAGACCGAAUGACGAGGAACGAAUGAGCGGUUACCUAAGGUCCUUUCAUUUGCCAGAGGAUAAAAUUGCAGGUGUGAUCGCCGGGGUGCUUGCAUUCUGGAAAGAAGCGAGAUCCAUAGAUUACGAGGACCAACCAGGAAACUGCGAAGCCUUCGAGGCCAAGUACUUCGAGAUCGUUUGGGGUGGGGAUAAGAUCGUUUGGAACAAGGACCAACCAAGGGAAGACGCAGACUGUAAUUUCUACUUCGUGGAGUUGGACAAAUUGUGUGCCCGUCAUCCAGAGGCGGUGGCCAAUUAUCUGGCCAUGAAGCUGCUGCGCGCAUUGGAUGCCAAACUCCGCAACUCCGGAGAACAAAAGCAGUAUUGCAUGGAUGAACUGCAGAUCUCAAUGCCAUUCCUCUUUAGCAAACUCUUUUUGGCUAACCACAUUCCUGAGAAAAUAAGGUUGGAAGUGUCCGAAAUUGUGGAGGAAGUGUGGAAUACGCUGAGCAGUUCGCUGGACGAAGCCGAUCGGCUGAACAAUUUUCACAAGUCUCGAAAAGUUCUGUGGGAAUUUCCCUUCAACUUUUCCAAGGUCAACUCGUUUGCGGAUCGGGUAAUCUCGGAGAUUGGUCGCCUGGAAAUAGUGGACGAUAGUUUCGCUGCCACCAAUAUAAACAUUCAACGCCUUUUUGUUAACAGCAGUAGAUACAGCGCUCGUCACUCCAUGGACCUCCCCAUAUCGUCCAAGUCACCUGAACACAUGUUGGGUAAAUUUUACGACUUCGACAGAUAUUUGCAACCACCCGUUUACCACCCCACUUGGCCAGUAUCCUUCAAAUUCGGGGCCUUGGGUAGUUUCGUUGCGCGACAGGCCCACAUAAAUAGUAAGAUAUAUUAUGACAGAUUUGACACACGAAUAGAAAGAGAUAAAUUGCGGCUGGCAUUCUCUGCCUAUAAAAGCCACAUUAAGCACCUUCUAGAGGAUCAUAAGCAGGAUAGGAUUAACGAAACGAUGCCAGGCCUUGACUUGUCGCCGGAUCAGCUAUUCUUUCUGGGAGCCACUCACAUCUUUUGCGCCGACUCCGAAUACGAUGCUAAGCGAAUAGCUCUUACAUCCUUAUCGAGAAACGAAGAAUUCCUGCAGGCCUUCAGUUGUCCGGCAGGAUCUGGCAUGCGUCGUGUGUAA